GAAUCAUGCUUUAAACCUUUCUCAGAGAUGUUACAAGCUUGUCAGAUGGAAGAACUUUCUAGCAAAGGCAACGGGUUUACUUGGGCAGGCAGGAGAUAUGAUCUUUGGAUCCAGAGCAAACUGGAUAGAGUUUUUGGAAAUAAACAAUGGUUUUCUCAAUUUCCAGCAUCAAACCAAUCCUUCCUGGAGUUCAGAGGAUCGGAUCAUCGACCAGUUCUCAUGAAGUUACUAUCCUCACAAGAGGCAUACAGAGGUCAGUUCCGUUUUGAUAAAAAAUUUCUUCAUAAGCCAGAAGUAGAAGCUGAAGUUAUAAAAGCUUGGAAUUCUUCUUCUUCACGCCUUGGAACGACAACGUCUGAUCGCAUAAGAAUCUGUAGAAAAGCCCUGAGCACUUGGAAAAAGGAAAAUAAUUCCAAUGCGAAAGACAAAAUCCAUCAAGUGGAAAAUGCCUUGGAGAAGGAACAAUCUCUCAGUCUUCCCGACUUAGAACAUGUUGGAUUCUUAAAAAGGGAGCUCUCAAGAGCCUACAGGGAUGAAGAAACUUAUUGGAGCCAAAGGAGCAGAGAGAAAUGGAUGCGUUGCGGAGAUAGGAACACGAAAUUCUUCCAAGCCUCAGUAAAGGGUAACAGAUCAAAAAAAAGGAUUGAAAAACUGAAAGACAUCAAUGGGUAUGAACAAUUUUCAGAGGCAGCCAAAGGGGAAGUGGCAUGUGCUUAUUUUCAAAAUCUGUUUACGUCGUCUAAUCCAUCGAGCUUUGAGACCUGGUUUUAGAACCAGUGACAGACGAAGAAAUCAAAAGUGCAACCUUUGCCAUUAAGCCGUCUAGUGCACCUGGAGCCGAUGGCAUGUCAG